GAGAUUCUCCUUUGGCUGCUUACACAGGAAACCAAGGCGGGGAGUGCCACGGGUGAUCUCAUGCUGGCAUGACGUCAAGAACCCUUGACGUCAGAAGGCGGUUGCCACGGACACCGUUCGCCACCGACGGCAGAGUCGUGAAACCCCAUCACUACCACACUCGUCUCCGUUUCGGCCUCUGCAGGGUGUAAGCUGCUAAAGAAGCUUCAACCUUAAGGGGGCCUCAGGGAGAGAGUUGUACUGCUGCCGCCGAGAGCUCCACCUCCGUGGCUCUGGGUCCGGGGCCCCGGCCUGUGGCGGCGAGCGGCGGCCGCUGGAGACGAGCGGCGGCUGCAGGCGGCCCGCCCGGGUCUAUCUCGCUCCGUGCAGGGCCGGGAGAGGGAUCCGCCAUAUUGGAGCCGGGGCCGGAGGUGCCUUGGAGCCGCGGCGCGAGGCUGGUGGAGGUGGCGGCCCUGGUCUGGAUCGGGGAGGAGUCGGCUCUGCCCUGGCCCGCAAGGCUGGGGAGCUAAUGAGGCGCUUCGGCUAGUCUCCUCCCCGCCCACUCCCUCCACUUUCUGCCGCCGGGACCCGGCUGGGAGCCGGCUGUGGCAGUGGUAGUGGCAGCGGCAGCGGCAGGAUGUUCUCCAAGAAGCCGCACGGGGACGUGAAGAAGUCCACCCAGAAGGUGCUGGACACCAAGAAGGACGCACUGACUCGCCUCAAGCACCUGCGCAUCGUCAUCGAGAAUGCAGAAUCUAUUGAUCUUAAACAGUUUUUCGACCAACAUUUUUCACAUAUAUACUAUGUGUUCUUUGAAAAUUUUGUGACUAUUGAAGCUAGUCUUAAACAGAAAGGUCACAAGUCUCAAAGAGAGGAAUUGGAUGCUAUACUUUUUAUUUUUGAGAAAAUUUUACAACUUCUUCCAGAAAGAAUUCAUCAGCGAUGGCAGUUUCAUAGUAUUGGUUUGAUUUUAAAGAAACUACUUCACACAGGAAACUCCUUAAAGAUUAGGCGAGAAGGUGUUCGUCUUUUCUUACUGUGGUUGCAAGCUCUUCAGAAUAACUGUAGCAAAGAACAGCUCUGGAUGUUUUCAUGCUUAAUCCCUGGAUUUUCAGCACCACAGUCUGAACAUGGACCUCGAACUUUAGAUAAUCUCAUUAAUCCUCCACUGAACCUUCAAGAAACUCAAGUCACUAUAGAAGAAAUCACUCCUCUUGUCCCCCCACAAUCAGGAGAUAAAGGGCAAGAAGAUCUCACAAGCUAUUUUCUUGAAGCACUUCUAAAAUACAUAGUAAUUCAGGUAAAAAGUUUAGAAUGGAAGAACAAAGAAAACCAAGAAAGGGGAUUUUCAUUUUUGUUUUCACAUUUUAAGAAAUACUACUUGCCUUAUAUUUUUCCAAACAUCUGUAAGGAAAACAGUUUAUAUCAUCCUAUACUUGACAUCCCACAGAUGAGACCAAAGCCACAUUAUGUCAUAAUAAAGAAAGAUGCUGAAACCAAUGAAGCAAUCUAUUGUACAAAGGAGCCUUUCAUUAAGGCUCGUGUUAUUGUCAUUCGUUGGCUGGUUUCUUUCUGGCUAGAGCCAAAACCACAUACAGGACCUCAUAUUCCUGGGAUGGAAGGUGAAGUCUUGCCAAAGAAUAUUCAGAGAGCAGCUGCUAGUUUAGUAUCCAGAGAAGAAAGCAAAAAUGAUAAUGCUGAUAAAGCAGACAGAACUACAGAACCCGAACAGUCUCAUUCCAAUACAAGCACUCUCACGGAGCGAGAACCUAGCUCAUCUAGUCUCUGUAGUAUUGAUGAAGAACAUCUCACAGACAUUGAAAUAGUUCGCAGAGUUUUUUCUUCUAAAAGAAGUAAUGUAAACUUUGUGACAGAGAUAUUUCGUCAGGCAUUUUUAUUACCAAUUUGUGAAAAAAAAAAUAUAAAAAAAAUGGUAAAAGUAUAUCAAGAAUGGAUCCAACAAAAAAAAAAACCAAAAAAAAUGCAAGAGCCUGAAGAAAUUGGGAUCACUUAAAAAAAAAACCCAAAAAAAAAAAAUGUCACAGACCAUGAUACUUCAAUGGAAAAAAAAAAAAAAAAAAAAAAGAUAAAAAAAAAUGGGACCAAUACUGCUGAUCUUGUUCGAAAAAAAAAAAAGGCAAAAAAAAGCUCCUACCAAGGUGCUCUUCAUAACGCCUAAAAAAAAAACACAAAAAAAAACAUACGAGCUGGUACACAGGCAGUUUUGCAGGUGUUUAUUAUAAACUCAUCAAAUAUAUUUCUUCUUGAACCUGCAAAUGAAAUUAAAAAUCUUCUGGAUGAGCACACAGAUAUGUGUAAACGCAUUCUUAACAUUUAUCGGUACAUGGUUGUACAAGUAUCAAUGGACAAAAAGACUUGGGAACAGAUGCUGCUUGUGUUGCUCAGAGUCACGGAGUCUGUACUGAAGAUGCCAUCACAAGCUUUUCUACAGUUCCAAGGGAAAAAAAAUAUGACCUUGGCAGGUCGACUUGCAGGACCACUUUUCCAGACCCUUAUAGUUGCCUGGAUCAAAGCAAACCUAAAUGUGUACAUCUCCCGAGAACUUUGGGAUGACUUACUGUCAGUACUGUCAUCGUUGACCUAUUGGGAAGAGUUGGCCACUGAGUGGUCACUGACUAUGGAGACAUUAACUAAAGUUUUAGCUAGGAAUUUAUAUAGUUUGGAUCUCAGUGAUUUACCAUUGGAUAAGCUGAGUGAACAGAAACAAAAAAAGCACAAAGGGAAAGGAGUUGGACAUGAAUUUCAGAAAGUUUCAGUUGACAAGUCAUUUUCUAGAGGAUGGAGUCGUGAUCAGCCUGGCCAAGCCCCAAUGAGACAGAGGAGUGCAACAACCACUGGUUCUCCAGGAACCGAAAAGGCGAGGAGUAUAGUACGGCAAAAAACUGUUGCCAUGAGAAGCCGAUCCAUUGGUGAAUGUGCUCUGCCAUCGGCCUAUAUACGCAGUGCUAAAAGUGCUCCUGUUCUGAUCCAUACUUCCAAACCCUUCUUGCCUGAUAUUGUUCUCACUCCCCUUUCUGAUGAGCUUUCAGAUAUUGAUGAUGCUCAAAUACUCCCCCGCUCAACUAGAGUCAGACAUUUUUCACAAAGUGAAGAAACUGGAAAUGAAGUUUUUGGUGCUUUGAAUGAGGAGCAGCCAUUGCCUCGAAGUAGCAGCACUUCUGACAUCUUGGAACCAUUCACUGUUGAACGAGCCAAAGUCAAUAAAGAGGACAUGAGCCAAAAACUGCCUCCUCUUAAUAGUGAUAUUGGCAGCAGCAGUGCUAAUGUUCCUGAUCUGAUGGAUGAGUUUAUAGCAGAAAGACUUCGAAGUGGUAAUACCUCGACUAUGACAAGAAGAGGAAGUAGUCCAGGCAGCCUUGAAAUUCCCAAAGACCUCCCUGAUAUUCUAAACAAGCAGAACCAGAUGCGCCCUGUUGAUGACCCGGGUGUGCCCUCAGAAUGGACUUCUCCUGCCAGUGCAGGGAGCAGUGAUCUUAUCAGCUCAGAUAGUCAUUCGGAUUCUUUCAGCGCUUUCCAAUAUGAUGGCCGAAAAUUUGACAAUUUUGGCUUUGGAGCUGACACUGGGGUUACGUCCUCUGCUGAUGUGGAUUCAGGUUCUGGCCAUCACCAGAGUGCUGAAGAGCAGGAAGUGGCUAGUCUAACUACUCUUCAUAUAGAUUCUGAAACAAGCAGUCUUAAUCAGCAAGCUUUCUCUGCUGAAGUUGCAACUAUUACUGGUUCAGAAAGUGCUUCCCCAGUCCAUUCACCUCUGGGCUCCAGGUCACAGACGCCUUCCCCUUCUACGUUGAAUAUAGAUCACAUGGAACAGAAGGAUCUGCAGCUCGAUGAGAAGCUCCACCACUCUGUUCUUCAGACACCAGAUGAUCUAGAAAUUAGUGAAUUUCCAUCAGAAUGUUGUAGUGUGAUGGCAGGAGGUACUCUGACUGGAUGGCAUGCUGAUGUUGCUACUGUAAUGUGGCGAAGAAUGCUAGGCAUUUUGGGAGAUGUAAAUUCAAUCAUGGAUCCUGAAAUACAUGCUCAAGUUUUUGAUUACCUCUGUGAACUUUGGCAGAAUCUAGCUAAGAUUAGAGAUAACCUCGGCAUUUCAACUGAUAAUCUGACCUCCCCUUCUCCACCAGUUUUAAUUCCUCCACUGAGAAUUCUCACACCUUGGCUUUUUAAGGCAACCAUGUUGACUGACAAAUAUAAACAAGGUAAAUUACAUGCAUAUAAACUUAUUUGUAAUACAAUGAAAAGAAGACAAGAUGUUUCUCCAAAUAGAGAUUUUUUAACACAUUUCUACAAUAUAAUGCAUUGUGGAUUACUUCAUAUUGACCAGGAUAUUGUCAAUACAAUCAUCAAACACUGCUCACCUCAGUUUUUUUCACUUGGUUUGCCUGGUGCGACAAUGCUUAUUAUGGAUUUUAUUGUAGCAGCUGGUAGAGUGGCUUCUUCAGCUUUUCUCAAUGCACCAAGAGUAGAAGCACAAGUUCUUCUGGGAUCUUUGGUUUGCUUUCCCAACUUAUGUUGUGAACUGCCUUCUCUUCAUCCCAACAUUCCUGAUGUUGCUGUGUCUCAGUUUACAGAUGUUAAGGAACUUAUAAUCAAAACUGUAUUAAGCUCGGCAAGAGAUGAGCCCUCUGGUCCUGCACGAUGUGUAGCACUUUGUAGUUUAGGUAUUUGGAUUUGUGAAGAACUAGUCCAUGAGUCUCAUCAUCCUCAAAUUAAGGAAGCUCUGAAUGUGAUUUGUGUUUCCUUAAAGUUUACUAAUAAAACAGUAGCCCACGUGGCUUGUAACAUGCUUCACAUGCUGGUUCAUUAUGUACCUAGACUUCAGAUUUACCAGCCUGAUUCUCCCUUGAAAAUUAUUCAAAUCCUAAUAGCUACUAUCACCCAUCUUUUACCAAGUACAGAAGCUUCAUCUUAUGAAAUGGACAAGAGGUUGGUAGUAUCUUUACUUCUCUGCCUUCUGGACUGGAUCAUGGCCUUACCUCUAAAGACACUGCUCCAACCAUUUCAUGCUACGGGAGCAGAAAGUGAUAAAACAGAAAAAUCUGUUCUCAAUUGCAUUUAUAAGGUUUUACAUGGGUGUGUUUAUGGAGCUCAGUGUUUUAGCAAUCCAAGGUAUUUUCCCAUGAGCCUCUCUGAUUUGGCAUCUGUAGAUUAUGAUCCUUUUAUGCAUUUGGAAAGUCUGAAAGAGCCUGAACCUCUGCACUCUCCUGACUCAGAACGAUCUUCUAAACUCCAGCCAGUAACAGAAGUGAAAACUCAAAUGCAGCAUGGAUUAAUCUCUAUAGCAGCCCGCACUGUUAUUACACAUCUGGUAAAUCACCUGGGCCAUUAUCCAAUGAGUGGUGGUCCUGCUAUGCUAACAAGUCAGGUGUGUGAAAAUCACGACAACCAUUACAGUGAAAGUACUGAACUUUCUCCUGAACUCUUUGAGAGUCCAAAUAUCCAGUUCUUUGUGUUAAAUAAUACAACCUUAGUGUCCUGUAUCCAGAUCAGAUCAGAAGAGAAUAUGCCUGGAGGAGGUUUAUCUGCUGGCCUUGCAUCAGCCAAUUCAAAUGUCAGAAUCAUAGUACGUGAUCUCUCUGGAAAAUAUUCAUGGGAUUCUGCUAUACUGUAUGGCCCACCUCCUGUAAGUGGCUUGUCAGAACCUACAUCUUUGAUGCUUUCGUUGUCUCACCAAGAGAAUCCAGAAGAGCCUCCAACAUCUAAUGAAUGCUUAGAAGAUACAACAGUAAAAGAUGGACUUUCUCUCCAGUUUAAAAGAUUUAGAGAAACUGUACCAACUUGGGAUACAAUAAGAGAUGAAGAAGAUGUUCUUGAUGAGCUCUUGCAGUAUUUGGGUGUUACUAGUCCUGAAUGCUUACAGAGAACUGGAAUCUCACUUAAUAUUCCUGCUCCACAACCUGUGUGCAUUUCUGAAAAACAAGAAAAUGAUGUUAUUAAUGCUAUCCUUAAGCAACAUACAGAAGAAAAAGAAUUUGUUGAGAAGCACUUUAAUGACUUAAACAUGAAAGCUGUGGAACAAGAUGAACCAAUACCUCAGAAACCUCAGUCAGCAUUUUAUUAUUGCAGAUUGCUUCUUAGUAUAUUGGGAAUGAAUUCCUGGGACAAACGGAGGAGCUUUCAUCUCCUGAAGAAAAAUGAAAAGCUACUUAGAGAACUUAGGAACUUGGAUUCAAGGCAGUGCCGAGAGACACACAAGAUUGCAGUAUUUUAUGUUGCUGAAGGACAAGAAGACAAACACUCCAUUCUCACCAAUACAGGAGGAAGUCAAGCAUAUGAAGAUUUUGUAGCUGGUCUUGGUUGGGAGGUAAAUCUUACAAACCAUUGUGGUUUUAUGGGAGGACUACAAAAAAACAAAAGCACUGGAUUGACCACUCCAUAUUUUGCUACCUCUACAGUAGAAGUAAUAUUUCACGUGUCAACAAGGAUGCCUUCUGAUUCUGAUGAUUCUUUGACCAAAAAAUUGAGACAUUUGGGAAAUGAUGAAGUGCACAUUGUUUGGUCAGAGCAUACUAGAGACUACAGGAGAGGAAUUAUUCCCACAGAAUUUGGUGAUGUCCUUAUUGUAAUAUAUCCAAUGAAAAAUCACAUGUUCAGUAUUCAGAUAAUGAAAAAACCAGAGGUUCCCUUCUUUGGUCCCCUUUUUGAUGGUGCUAUUGUGAAUGGAAAGGUUCUACCCAUUAUGGUUAGAGCAACAGCUAUAAAUGCAAGCCGUGCUCUGAAAUCGCUGAUUCCAUUGUAUCAAAACUUCUAUGAGGAGAGAGCACGGUACCUGCAAACAAUUGUCCAGCACCACUUAGAACCAACAACAUUUGAAGAUUUUGCAGCACAGGUUUUUUCUCCAGCUCCCUACCACCAUUUACCAUCUGAUGCCGUUGGCUCCUACCCAGAGAUUCUACCCAGUGAAACUCCCACAGCAACGCAGGUAGAUGGGGCUGACCUGGCCUCUCCAAUGUCUCCUCGAACUAGCAAAAGCCGCAUGUCCAUGAAGUUGCGUCGUUCCUCUGGCUCAGCCAAUAAAUCCUAAGGAGACAGCCCAACAGUGAUCAGCAGUAGCCACCUUAGCACGAACAUAGGGUUAACCCUUUCAGUCCUUUGUGUCUGCCAUAACAUGCAUGUUUCUUCCUGUACAUUUAUUUGAGAAAACACUGGAUUUAAAUAAUUUUAAAUAAUUUGUAGCUUAAUAUUAAAGAUUUGGGUUAUUUAUUGUUUCAUUUUUUUCCCACAGUCCAAGCUGCCAUAUUUUGAGGGCAGGGGGGAGUUUUAUUCUACACCCUUUACCUUCCUAGAUAAUUAUGUCUAAGUAGUUUUAUCUUUAAUUUCAUGGUUAACUUUGAGCCAAAAUACAAUUGGACAACUAGUCUCAUUAUUUAUUGUGCCCCAUUGCAACUUUAUGGUUCAAUAAAUAUAUAAUUUUUUACAAAUGUAAAAUUUUAAAUUUAAGCAUUUGUAAAGUUACAGCAAAAGAUGUACCUGUUAAUACACAGAAUGUGUACAGAUUAUUUAUGUUAUGACAAUAAAACACUCAAAAUAAAUGGUCUUUAGCAUCUCAAAUUCCAACUGAAAUCAUUUUAGUGUUAACUUUUCUUCCCAAAGCAAUGUCUCAUUUCUUGGCUGUGCAGGUGAUGCCAUGUUAUAUCCAAUAACUAGAAAAAUCACUGUGCUGAACUUUGAUUUAUGUUUAGCUUCCAAGUAUUUUUCUAAUGUUUUGCAUUUCAAGUGGUAUCACUGUUAAAUGCCAUUUGUUUUCAGAUUGUGGCCUUUUAUUAUUGGCUGCUAGAUCCUGGUGUAUCUAUGUUCUUUUUUAAGCACCAAAAAGAAGAUAGGGAAGAAAAGAAGGAAAAUUUUCUGAUGUAAGUAUGUUGUUCAAAUUAUGAGUAUUAUUUUUAAAAAAGGAAAAAGGAACGUGACCCAGGAGUCUAAGUUAAAUCUAAUAUUGUUAAUACUGAACUUGCAGGUGCAGGUUGGUAUACAUUCCACCCUCUAGAAGUAUUUUCUUACAGUAGAUAAGCUGCUCACAUUUUAUUUUGAAUGGGCAUCUCCUGAGGAAAUGUAGCAUGACAUUGGUACUAACUGCAUGUGUAAAUACAUCAUACUGGCAAACCAUAAAAUAUAAAUUAUGUAUCAUCAUUCAUGUAGUAUCUAUAAUUUGUAACAGUGGGGGAAAAAGGUGACAUGGUAUUUAAUAAUACAAUAAAAAUAUUCUUAUCACUUCCUA